UAACGGAUCCAAAGUUUAUUUUUUACAACAAAGCGAAAGUUUCUGCAACUCGAGCAUCGUUUCAGGAAUUGCGUCCAGAGCGGAUCAGACGCAGCGGAUCGGACGGCUACACGCGCGAGAUCGAACGGCUGUUCAGCCGGUAGAUGCGUAGCAGUCCCUAAAAAAAGUUAAAAACGACGUGUCCGGAAUUAAAACAGCUGGAUUAACGAAUGAGCCACCGGAGUUCGAUCCCAGUUCGAAUUCAGCCGGCGACAGUUCCAAUCCGAGCUCGACAAGAAUUAGGAGCUCUCCCCUGGAUAAAUGGGCGGCGCCGGUGGGAAGAGCAGCUCCAGUUCGAUCCAUUCGCCCACCUCCCCGAUCCCCAGAUCCAGACCUAGACACGGCAUCCAUGGCGGCGAAGGUGCUCCAGCUCCGCAGCGCCGACGGCAAGGUGCUCGUCGCUCCGGCGUGGGACUAUCGCCCUCGCGUCGCCCAAGCCGUCCCGCUGGAGGUGCGGGUGCCCUCGCGCGCCCUCGAGAGGGUGCUCCAGUACUGGACCAAGCACAGCCUGGCAAAGGCCACCGGUGAGUCCCGGGAGUCCCUCGCCCGCUGGGACGCCGACUUCCAGCGCCAUCUCGAGGAAGACGGCCUCACCAAGGAGGCCGCCGCAGCCGCCCAAGAACUCCGCCGCCACGGCGUCCACCACGGAGGGCGUCCCCGUCGCCACGCCGCCACGGCCCCAUCUGCUGUCGCUGCUCCUGCCUCCGGCGCCACCCGUGCUGAUCCCGUCCGCGCCUGGUGCCAGCUUCUUCAGCACCUCAGGGGUGUCAACCCCGGAGAACCCAGCCCUGUGCCGGCGAUGUCCGGCGCAUUGGAUGCCUCUGAUAUCGCCGCCGCCGCGCGCCCUGGGCCUGCCAGUGCCACCACCUUGCCUGCCAGUGCUGGUGCUGACCCCGUGGAUGUCCGGUGCGCCAUACAUGCCCGCGCAACUGCCUCUCGUGCCCGAGAACGCCAGAUUGCUCAAGACGAGGAGUCCACUUGCCACCACCGCAAGCGCCCGGCUUCCAAGGCCUGCUCUUCGAUGCCUGCCAAUGCCAAUGCUGCUGCACCCGGUGUGAAGAAGGUCUCUCGUCCCGUCGCUUCCAAGGCUUGCUCCUUCCUCGGCUCUACACCACUGCCUGCCCAUGCCACUGCUCUGAAGAAGAUGACGACUCCAGCAGCUUCAACUCUGCGCGCAAGAAGGGGGAUGGGGGAGCUCAGCUGCAAGAUUCCCAAGCAAAGCGGUGUCACUGCUGCAGCACCAAGGAGGCAACCAAUCCCUUGCUUGAGUCCAGUGGUAUUGCGCCUUCGCUAGUCUUCUUUUAGCUUCCUUAACCAUGCAUGCAUUAGUUUCAUUUAAUCUUUGUUUCUCUAGGUUCUGCACUUGCUUACCAAGAUUCCUAGUGUUCUUUCAAUCCCUCUCAGUCAUUUGUAAUUUUACAGUGUCAACAGAGUCUCCAUCUAGCUAGGCAGCAAAAACCAUGUUAAGAUGUGUACGGCACAGUUACACUACAUCCACACCUGGUCCUAAGUGAAGGGUUUAAGUAAAUAAAGGGCAUUUUCAAUAAACUAAAGUAAAGCAGAUGAGCCAAAAAUGGAAACUCAUGUACUGCAAUUCUGGCACGAGACAUAAAACGCACUCGCUGCAAAAUGCAAAACGCCCGUUUGCUACCCGGCUUGUAGCAGGAAAAAGGAGUAGAAUUGAACUUGCCGGUACACACACACACACACGUAAUCUUGUGAGCUGCCUAGUGUCUGGAGACUGUGCUGGCUGUCCUGUAAAAUUAAUCUUGGCUGAGUUGGAUUCUUAGGCAUCGGCGUCUUGGUGAGUUAAAGUUGUAGUUUCCGACGAGUAACAUUGGUUAGUGAACUCUUGUGUGUAUGUGUGGGUGAAGCUUUGAGCUAAGCAAGUCCUCACUGUAUGGACUAUCAAGUCGUUUUGUAAUCGAUUUCAGAUAUGAAUGAAAAAUUGUUGGCCUGAA